AUGACGACCGCGAAACAUGCAGAUGCGACGACGUUUCAUCAGCCCCUCCUCUCGGAACCACACCUACCCCCUCAAACCCAGCCCCAACCCACCCAAUACGUCAUCGUUCUGCCUCCCUACCCUCCGCCCAACAGCCACCGGCUCCUCCGCAAGACAUGGCGGCGCUGCAUAUUCUGCUCCGCCGCAUCCAUCAUCUUCCUCGUCGCCGCCGCAUACCUCCUCUGGCCCUCCGACCCUGACCUAUCCGUCGUCCGCCUCCGCCUCGACCGCCUCCACUUCCACACCCGCCCCAAGAUCUCCGUGGACGUCACCAUGGACCUCACGAUUAGGGUUUUCAAUAAGGACUUCUACUCCUUGGACUACGACUCCCUGCUCGUCGCGAUCGGGUACAGGGGGAAGAAGCUGGGGCACGUGACGUCGGCCGGCGGGAGCAUCGAGGCGCGCGGGUCAUCGUACGUGAACGCCACGCUCCAGCUCGAUCGGGUGGAGAUUCUGGGGGAUGUGGUGCUGCUGCUCGAGGACCUGGCGAAAGGAGUGGUGAUGUUUGAUACGGUGUCGGAGAUUGGUGGCCGGCUAGGGAUCGUCUUCUUUGAGUUACCACUGAAGACGAAGAUGACAUGUGAAGUGAUUGUAAACACGAGGAACCAAACAAUUUCCCAUCAGAAUUGCUACCCAGAGGUUUCUGAAGUGAAAUAG